UAUCACCUACUAGGUAACCUUACCUUACCUACCUUCACGUUACUCUUACAGAAACAUAAACUGGAUCCAACCACCAUCAAAAUUUAUCACCAACUCAUCUUCCCAAUACCUCGAUCAAUAUCCGGUGAGAUCCAAAUCAUCGCAAGCAUUUCAAGAAAGAAUCUUCGUAUCAACAAAUUUUACCAUUUGAAAGAUGUCGUGGCAGGCUUAUAUCGACACAAGUCUUUGCGGAAGCGGACAUGUAGAGAAGGGAGCUAUUUACAAUUUGGAGGGAACCUCUUGCUGGGCCACCAGUCCUGAAUUCAAGAUCACCCCUGAAGAAAUGGCCGAGGUCAAGAAGGGACUUGAUGGUACUACAGAUAGUCUAUACGCAAAUGGUUUACAUAUUGCAGGCGAGAGAUAUGUUCUUACCAAAGUGGAGGAUGAUAAUAAGGUGCUCUAUGCCAGAAAGGGCAAAGAUGGACUCGUCAUCGGUAAAACCGUUCAAGCAAUCAUCGUAGCCCGAUACGUCGACCCAAUGAUCGCCGGAAACACCGCAGAGACUGUUCAAAAAUUGGUCGAUUAUCUCGUUAAAGUUGGCUACUAAAUAUCCUAUCCUACUAAAUAUUAAACAAUGGAUUUUCUCAUCUGCCGAAUAUUUUCUGCGAUUUUAUUUGUCUUUCUUGAUCUCUUGCUAAGUUGGUGAUGAUGAUGAUGAUGAUGUUAUGAUGGAUGGAUGUUUGGGGAUGAGAUUAGGGGGGUUGCAUAUUGGAAGGUAGAUGAAUGGAGAAAUAGUGGAUGGAGUGAGAGUGAGAGUGAGAGUGAUGGAUGAUGGGUGAUGGAUGAUGGGUGAGGAAUAUGGGAGGAAAGUAAAGAUACUAGAAUAGUAUCAAUCUUCUUUUCAUGAAUGAAGUAUAUGAAUGAAUAAUGAAUGGAUGAUUCAUAUACGAUUGAAAAUAUUCUAAAAUCAAUUACCAUACAUUAUAUUCCUA